AUGGCCACCGUAAUGGAGCUGCCCUCCGCGCGACCAUAUCCAUACAAGUUCCCGCCCGAGUCGACUGCACUGAUCAUCAUCGACAUGCAGCGGGAUUUCGUUGACUACCAUGGCUUUGGCCAGAUCCAAUGCGGCAACGAUGAGGUGUUUAAGAAAGUCCGAAACAUCGUGCCCAGGACGAGGCAGGCUCUGGAAGCUGCACGCAGCCUGGGGCUCCAUGUGGUGCACACUCGCGAAGGCCACACACCGGACCUGUCCGAUCUCCCGCCGUCCAAACGACUGCGACAGAUUUCCGCUCCAUCAGGCCAUCAUACCAUGGGCAUCGGGGAUGCCGGGCCCAUGGGUCGACUGCUGGUGCGAGGUGAAUAUGGCCACGACAUCAUCGACGAGCUCCGACCAAUACCUGGCGAGCCUGUCAUUGACAAACCUGGCAAGGGAUCGAUGUGGGAUACGAAUUUGCAUCGUGUCUUGCUGGCUCGCGGCAUCACCCAUCUCCUGUUCGCUGGGGUCACGACGGAAUGUUGUGUGAACACCACCGCACGCGAGUGUGCUGAUCGUGGCUUUGAGACCUGCAUCUUGGCAGACUGCACCGACGGUUUCGACGAAGGCUUCUAUAGCAGUACCUUGGAUAUGCUCUGCAGCUACGACGGUCUGUUUGGCUUCGUGGGCACUUCAGCAGAACUGCUGAAGUAUGCUCCGCCACAGGCGCCUACACCACCGACUACACCCCCCGGCUUCUCCGGCGACAUCUCCAUCGCUAACCUUCGCAAGCAGUAUACCGCUGGUCAAUUGCGACCCACAGACACUGUCAAGGAGGUGCACGCUCGCGCUGCAUCCUACAGGCUCAAGGAUUCCGCCGUAUGGACUCAUCUCCGGGACGUGGAAGAAAUUCUGAAAGAUGCACAGGCCUUGGAAGAUCGCUUUUCUGGAAAGCCGUUGCCCGAACUGUACGGGAUUCCUUUUGCAGUCAAGGACAACAUCGAUGUCGCCAACGUGAAGACCACGGCGGCUUGUGAAGCAUACGCAUACCUACCGGGGCGGAGCGCGAAGGUGGUGGAGACACUGCUCGAAGCGGGUGCAAUAUUUAUUGGAAAAACAAAUCUUGAUCAACUUGCCACUGGCUUAUCUGGCUGCCGCUCUCCAUAUGGCACUCCGCACAGUGUGUUUAGCACUCAUCAUAUCUCUGGUGGCUCCUCUUCGGGAUCUGCUGUAGCUGUUGGGGCUGGCCUGGUCUCAUUUGCCCUAGGGACCGAUACUGCAGGGUCUGGCAGAGUGCCCGCUGCCUAUAAUGGCAUUGUGGGUCACAAGCCUACCAAAGGCACAUUCAGUGCAUCAGGCCUUGUUCCUGCAUGUAAGAGCCUCGACACCAUCACUGUCCUCGCCCCUUCAGUGAAUGAUGCACGGAAAGUAUGGCUGGUGGCAGACAUUGGCGGUGACGAGACAGACCCCUACUCCAAAUCUCCCAGCUCACUUGCUCUGUGGCACGCAGACUUCCGAGGAGUCAAGGUUGGUGGUUUCACCUUUGGAAUCCCUCCCGCUACUGCACUGGAGAAAUGUGACGGGAAAUACCAGGAGCUCUUUGCUGCAUCUGUGGACAGGCUGACACGAGCCGGCGGCACCCCGAAAGAAGUCGACUGGGUCGCUUUCGAAGGAGGUAGUAAUCUGCUGUAUGAAGCAUCGCUGGUCCAAGAAAGGAUAGCGUCUAUUGGACCGGAGUUCAUCGAGAAGAACAUCAACACGCUCCACUCGACCACCAACAAACUGUUCUCCGAGGCUGCUCACAAAGAUGUCAAACCUUGGCAAGUCUUCCGCGAUCAGCAUCUCCAAGCGCAGUACACACGGGAUGCCGCGAGCAUCUUCCAGAGCAUUGAUGUGCUGUUGGUACCGACUACACCAUGUCAUCCCACGAUUAGUGAGAUGGAGUCAGACCCUCUGGCACUGAACGCCAAACUGGGCUACUUUACGCAUUUUGCAAACGUCCUCGACUUGUGUGGUGUGGCUGUGCCCGCUGCCACAUAUCAGGAUGCUACUGGCACGACAUUGCCUUUCGGAGUGACGCUACUGGGCGCUUCUGGCAGAGAUGGUCGAGUAUAUGAUAUUGCACGGGAGUUCGAACGCACAGUAUGA